AUGAUCAAAUUUGUGGACCUCGAGCCAUCGAUUGCUGCUACUCCCCAAAGACGCUCCAACCCCUAUGGUGGAGGGUCCGUAAUCGGUACUCCGGACAUGUCCUCGUCCGCACGGUCGAAGGGUCUCUGGAGCAAUGGAGGAAGGUUCAGUGCGACGACUACACCCCUGCACCACCCUGCAUAUCAGUUUCAACAACAGCAACUUCAACGUCAGAUGUCUGGCGGGGGAGCAUCCAAGAGAUAUAGCGGAGGAAGCACCAUAUCUAGUGGCAGCAUAGUCGACGAUUACUUUGCCCGUUCCUUUUCGAUGGAGCAGAACGGUAAUGUUGCGGCCCCAGCUGCGCCCAUUGGCCUGGGAUUGACAGGGAUCGAUAGACCAGUCGAGCAGAGCUCGAUGGAGCGAUUCCUUUCUACUUCACCAAUGAACACUCCACCGGCACCAACUCUAGGACCAUCAUCAACAACAUCAUCAUCGUUCCCCUAUAACUCGGGCCCAGCAGCUUCACCAUUGCCAUUCAUCUCCUCACCGUCAUACCAUCAACAGCAAUUCUACAUGCGCUCGCCUCUCUCGACUCCUUCUUCUGCCACCUUCUUCCCAGCUGGAGUGAUGAUGGAGCCUAACCAGGGUUUCCACAGCCAUCAUCAUCCUCAGCGAUACCUGCACCAUCGAAGCAGUCUUCAGAGUCUCCGUAGCAGCAGCAACGGCAGUGUCAGCAGUGGUCGACUCAGCCGUGCAGCCACAGUCACACCCACGCCCACACCAGCGACGCCUCCCCCACCCAUGGGACCUUUGCCUCCGCUUCCCAAGAACCCGACGUGCACGUAUCGUGAGCACACGAAGCAGAAGCUGCUUGAUUUCAACAGGCGUCCAACCCAUGCUCGAACCAACAGCCAUGGGUUCGUGAUUGAGAAUGUAGGCCAGUUUUUGAAGAAGAAAUCCUAUAGCAAGGCCUUGACUCGAGAUUAUAUGAGCCGAGGUCAUCGCCGUAGGGGCUCUAUGUAG